AUGAAGGACAGAGAAUCAGUUCUUGCUCGUGAUCUUGACAGAUAUCGAUGCCAAAGGCGCUUGCUUCUCACAGGGACACCAUUGCAGAAUGAUUUGAAGGAACUAUGGUCACUUCUAAAUCUACUACUUCCAGAAGUAUUUGAUAAUCGCAAAGCAUUUCAUGAUUGGUUCUCCAAGCCCUUUCAAAAAGAAGGUCCGACACACAAUGCUGAGGAUGACUGGCUUGAGACUGAGAAGAAGGUCAUUAUUAUCCAUCGACUUCACCAAAUUCUCGAGCCUUUCAUGCUCAGGCGUCGUGUUGAAGAUGUUGAAGGUUCACUUCCACCCAAGGUCUCAGUUGUCUUAAGAUGCAGGAUGUCAGCUUUUCAGAGUGCUGUUUACGACUGGAUCAAGUCUACUGGUUCACUUAGAGUUGACCCUGAAGAUGAGGAGCGAAGGGCUGAAAAAAAUCCAAAUUACCAGCCUAAAACAUAUAAAGUUUUAAAUAAUAGAUGUAUGGAGCUUCGAAAAGCUUGCAACCAUCCUUUGCUUAACUAUCCAUAUCUCAAUGUUACAAAGGACUUUCUUGUUAAAUCAUGUGGGAAAUUGUGGAUUCUUGAUCGGAUCUUAAUUAAACUUCAAAGAACAGGGCACAGGGUGCUGCUUUUCAGUACCAUGACAAAGCUGCUUGAUAUCUUGGAGGAGUAUUUGCAGUGGCGACGACUCGUCUACAGAAGAAUUGACGGGACAACGAGCUUAGAGGAUCGUGAAUCAGCUAUUGUGGAUUUUAAUAGUCCAGAUACUGAUUGCUUUAUCUUCUUGCUAAGCAUUCGUGCUGCUGGGCGUGGAUUGAAUCUUGACUNUAAUUCAGUGAAGAUUCAUGGUUCAGGAAAACCUGGAAAAGUCAGUUGCUUGUCUCCUGAUGAUUCCUUUGAACCCACAAGAGAAAGUUGGGAUAAUAAGCCCAGCGGGACUUAUAGUGGAGGGAGUAAGAUGUCUGAGGUCAUUCAAAGAAAGUGCAAGACUGUCACUAUCAAGCUCCAAAAGAAAAUAGAGAAGGGUGGCCAUCAAAUAAUUCCACUACUACAUGGUCUGUGGAACAGAAUUGAAAGUUCUGGUUGCAUAGGUGGGGCUGACGAUAGUCCAUUUGGUUUACAGACAAUUGAUAUGCGUGUUGAUGAGUCUGAGUACAGUGGAGUGCUCGAAUUUGUGUCUGAUGUGCAGCUGAUGUUAAAACGUGCAGUGCAAUACUUUGGUUUCUCACAUGAGGUGAGAUCUGAAGCAAGGAAAGUGCAUGAUCUUUUCUUUGACAUCUUGAAGAUAGAAUUUCCAGAGACCGACUUUCGAGAAGCAAGGAAUUCUAUCUCUUUUGCUGGACCUGCAGCUAGUACUACACCCGGCGCAUCUUCAAGGCAGAUGCCUGUAGGUCAGAACAAGAGACAUAAACUGAUAAAUGAAAUGGAACCUGACCCUAGCCCGCUACAGAAACCAAAGACACGUGGAGCACUCCAUGCCGGUGAAGAUGCCAAGGCUAAGAAUCAUAUGGCUCAAAGAGAAACAAGAUUUGGUGGUAGCAGCGGCCGGGAGCUUAGCCAACAGGAUGAUUCGCGCCCGUUCACUCAUCCAGGGGAGCUUGUUAUUUGCAAGAAGAAGAGAAAAGAUAGAGAGAAGUUGGGUAUGAAACCUGGGAGUAGUUCUGCUGGUCCUGUCUCACCACCUAGUGUUCCCCGCAGUAUCAGAAGUCCAGGCUCGAUCCCAACUGUGAAGGAGGGGGGAAGGUUAAACCAGCAGACACCACCCCAAAAUCAGUUGAAUGGCAGUGGUAGCAGCAGCUCUGUUGGCUGGGCAAACCCUGUGAAGAGACUGAGAUCAGACUCUGCAAGAAGGCGGCAAAGUCAUUUAUGAUUAUAGUUGUUAAAGGUGUACAAUGUAAUGCUAAUAGCUGAUGAUACUCUAUUGAGGUGCUGUGAAUAACCGGCCCUUCGGAUUUUCAUACCUCCUGAGCUGUGUACUUCCUCCAUUCCAUCCCCAGCCUCACUUGUAUGAUAAAUAUGCUAUUGAAGAUAGGCUUCUUACUGUCCGCCAUUAGCAACUGCUUGUCUGAGAUUUGUCUU